AUGAAAGGAACUAAUUUAAACAACACAACAAAUUAUGCUUCAAGAUUAUCAAUUGGAAUUUGUCUAUUAUCAAUCUCUGUAUUGGGAUUUGGCUAUUCUGGGACUUUAAUUUCCUUUCUGACAACACCUUCUUAUCAACCGGCUCCAAGAAGCAUCAAUGAAUUAGCCACUGCCGGAAAUAAAUCAACUGAUAUAGAAAUAUUAAGAAGUUACUUAGAAAGAAACCCAGACACGUUACUAUCAGAUCCAUCAGCUAUAGCUACCAAAAUAGAAAAUGAACGUUACGCUUUUAUUGCGUCAGAGUUUUAUCUGAGAGCAAAAGUUAUACCAUUAUUUCACGGCAGAUCGACACUAAGUGAAGAGAAUUUUCGUAUAUUCAUUACAGGAUAUUUGCUUAGAAAAGAUUUUCCAUACAAACGUGCUGUCAACAAAAUCAUAACUCGUUUAUUUGAAGCGGGAAUUGUUAAACGUAUCACGGAAAAAGAGUAUCUUCCUCUGCAUGAAGGUAAGGAUGAAGUUCACCCGCUAAAGUUAGAAGAACUUGUAGGAAGUUUCGUUGUUCUCGUUAUCGGUUAUACAUUAUCUCUUCUUUGUUUUAUUAGUGAAUUGAUAAUUGGAUAUUAUGCUAAUUCAAAUCGAAAUUAAUAAUUAAUGAAGGUUUAUAAUCUGUACAUUUAUCUUUC